AUGCAGCUCUCCCUCCGCCUCUCACUCCUGGCCUUGCCGCUCAUCCAUAUGGCCGCCGCUCACCAGAAUAUGCACCAGAUCUGGGUCAACGGCGUUACCCCCGGCUACGAAAAAUGCAUUCGUCGGGCGCCCUCCAACAGCCCCGUAACCGACGUAACCUCCGCCGCUCUAACCUGCAACGUCAACGGCAACGCGGUUCCAUUCACAGACGUGGACGUGUGCGCGGCAGCAGCGGGCGACGAGAUCGUGGUGCAGUGGGACAUCUCGUCGCACCCCAGUCCGAUCACGCACUUCCUGUUCGGGCCCGUGAGCGAUGCGAAAACGGCGACGGGCGUGGGGCAGUGGUUCAAGAUCGCCGAGACGGACUACGAAAACGGUAAAUGGCCCAACGAGGUCAUGGCCGCCAACGAGGGAAAACACUCCUUCCGCCUCCCCGCCAAGCUGCAGAGCGGUGACUACAUUCUCCGCAGCGAAAUGCUUGCGCUCCACGGCUCGCAGUCUCUAGGCGGCGCACAAUUCUACAUUGCAUGCGCACAACUCAAGAUCUCGGGCGCCGCGACGGCCAGCUGCGCGCCAAAGAUUUCUCUGCCGGGCGCGUAUAAGGCCGCCGACGCGAAUAUUUACAUCCCCAACUUCUAUAACGGGUUCCAGCCCGCUAAUUAUACUGCUCCUGGCGGGCCGGUGGCGACGUGUACGUAG